CCGUGGGAAACAAAGGGGACACGCUGGGUCCUAAGGACCGGUCACGGACACGCCCGCAAGCCGCGCGUGCGCACCAGCGGCCUGUGUUCCCAGUGGGAAAUAAUCCAGCACCAUAUCUCCAACGGCCUCGAAACGCCUUUUCUCUCACAAAACACAUACUCGGGUGAAACCAAUCAAAGACAUACAGAACGAAGAGGAGCGGGAAAAUGGCUGCCCGGUGCCCGUAAUCAACAUGGCACCGUACAGGCUUCAAAGCCCCAUGGAGGGCUAAGUGGAUAAGAUGGUUGCCGGUCUUUUCCAGCAGUGUAUUGCAGUUGACGCACUUCGCUUUCUUUUUUUUCCUAGUGCAACUGUACAUGCUAAUCAGGAGGGGUCCGCGGCUCAGAAAAAGGAAUACUAUCUGCUUUCAUUUACGUUAGCUUCAGCUAGGGUCGCCACGAAGGAAACGCCGCGCUCUGACCUGCUUGCCCUUAGUCUGUAUGGCGUCGUGGGUGUCUCUAAGCCCCGCCCCUUCUCGUUGCCCUCACCGAAGAUGGCGCGGGCCUGGCUUCUCCAACCUCCAGGGCUGGGAAAGGAAAGGGAAAGAGGGAAAAGGGCGGGGAUGAGGAAGGGGAGCCAAGAGGGCGGGAGAAAGGGGGAGUACGGCGGGGGAAGGGAGCUGAGGCGGAAGUCGACGGGCACCCCGGGUGGAAGUGACGCUACCCCCGCUGCCCAAAAUGUCGGCGCCCAGAGGGAGGUAGAGAGCCCACACGCACCACUAUAUUCCCUGCCACAAUGGAUGACGUCCCAGCCCCAACCCCAACCCCCUCACCAGCACCGCCCGCUGCUGCCGCCCCCCGGGUCCCGUUUCACUGCAGUGAAUGUGGCAAGAGCUUUCGCUACCGCUCAGACCUCCGGCGCCACUUCGCCCGACACACAGCGCUCAAGCCCCACGCGUGUCCGCGCUGUGGCAAGGGCUUCAAGCAUAGCUUCAACCUAGCCAACCACCUGCGCUCGCACACCGGGGAGCGGCCCUACCGCUGCUCCGCCUGCCCCAAGGGGUUCCGCGACUCCACCGGCCUGCUGCACCACCAGGUUGUCCACACCGGCGAGAAGCCCUACUGCUGCCUGGUAUGCGAGCUCCGCUUCUCCUCACGCUCCAGCCUGGGCCGCCACCUGAAGCGCCAGCACCGCGGGGUCCUCCCCUCUCCCCUGCAGCCCGGCCCUGGCCUGCCCGCCCUGAGCGCGCCCUGCUCCGUCUGCUGCAAUGUAGGGCCCUGCUCGGUGUGCGGGGGCGCGGGGGCUGGCGGCGGAGAGGGCCCGGAGGGGGUGGGCGCGGGCCUGGGCAGCUGGGGGCUGGCUGAGGCGGCAGCUGCGGCCGCGGCCUCGCUGCCCCCGUUUGCGUGCGGUGCCUGUGCGCGGCGCUUCGACCACGGCCGCGAGCUGGCUGCCCACUGGGCCGCGCACACCGACGUGAAGCCCUUCAAGUGCCCGCGCUGCGAGCGCGACUUCAACGCGCCCGCGCUGCUGGAGCGGCACAAGCUGACGCACGACUUACAGGGCCCGGGCGCGCCCCCCGCGCAGGCCUGGGCCCCUGGGGCAGGCGUGGGGCCCGAGAUGGCAGCGGGCGAAGGCGGCGCUGCGGAGGUCGGCGACUCUCCUCCUGCUUCGGCUUCGGACGGCCUGCUGCUCCUGGGCCCCGCGGGGGGCGGGGUGCCCAAGCUCGGGGGGCUGCUCCCCGAGGGCAGCGGGGAGGCACCUGCGCCCGCGGCUGCCGCCGAGCCCUCAGAAGACACCCUGUACCAGUGCGACUGCGGGACCUUCUUUGCGUCGGCCGCGGCCCUGGCCAGCCACCUGGAGGCCCACUCGGGCCCGGCCACCUACGGCUGCGGCCACUGCGGGGCCUUGUACGCGGCGCUGGCCGCCUUGGAGGAGCACAGGCGGGUCAGCCACGGCGAGGGCGGCGGGGAGGAGGCGGCGGCUGCGGCCCGGGAGGGAGAGCCGGCGUCCGGGGAGCCUGCUUCUGGCUCGGGCCGCGGCAAGAAGAUCUUCGGCUGCUCUGAGUGCGAGAAGCUGUUCCGCUCGCCGCGCGACCUGGAGCGGCACGUGCUGGUGCACACGGGCGAGAAGCCGUUCCCGUGCCUGGAGUGCGGCAAGUUUUUCCGCCACGAGUGCUACCUCAAGCGCCACCGGCUGCUGCACGGCACCGAGCGGCCCUUCCCCUGCCAUAUCUGCGGCAAGGGGUUCAUCACGCUCAGCAACCUCUCCAGGCACCUGAAGCUGCACCGGGGCAUGGACUGACCCCAGGCCGCUCCCUGCCCUCUGCCCAGCCACCUGGACCCGGGGACCUUGGGACUGCGAGUGAGGCCCCGGCCCUCCAAAUCCAGACGCAGGCCCUGAAAUGAGGGGACCCUGGCUGGAGAGGUGGAGACCACCAAAAACCCACACAGGCCCCAGAGCUAGGGGACCACAAACAAACAGGGUCCUUAGCUGGGGCAGGGGAGCCUGAAUCUAGGGAGAGAGACUCCUGAGCCUGAGGUCCCUGGAAUGAGUGUGGGUAACCCUAAGUCCCCAAGACAUGGAGACUUUGCAGCGAGCAAUGGGUCUCCUAAGUACCUCUCAUCUUGAGGGCCCUAAUAAUAAAAGAUGGGUACCCCCACAAAGGGAAGGCUGCCCCAUUCCCUGAGAGCCAUCAUUCCCAACCACCGUGAUCUGGAGAAUGUGGAGGGACCAUGUCCCUGAAUUUUCCUAGAUCCUCUCCAAAUGCUACCCACCAGAGUCACUGGUGACCCCCAGAAAAUGAAUAUAGCCGAAAUCUGCCUUUCCCCCUUGUCAUUCCCUGUGCUGAAAGAGGGACCAGGGUAGAUGCCCCUGCCCUCAAACCACCCCCCCGCCCCCGCCGACUGUGGAAUUGAUCGACCCUAAUGAUCUUCCCCACCCAAAACACUAGAAUAGACUGUCCUGAAUCACUUUGCCCAGUAGGAUGGACUGAUCUAUAUGCACACACACCCCCAUGACAUGGAAUGGGCUGGUCCAAGCGGUGGCCUGUACCCCACCUCCCUUAGAGUGAAUAGGGCAGACACUCCUCCCUUUUCCUGUAGCGAGUGUACCGGUCCACGCCAUUCUUUAUCCUGUGAACUCAUCUGAGUGGGAGGUGGCAGACACUAGGGUUUCCCUCCCCCACUACCAUAGCAGCUGUUGGUCUUUCUCUCCAUCUCUAUUGGUUUGUCUGUCUCUGUCUUCUGUGGGGACAGUUGGCUAGGAGGUCCCCCAUGAGCCUCGACCUCAUCGCCUCGUCCCUCUCCCCAGUGUCUCCAGGACCCCCAAUAAACCUUGUUCUGUCAGUCA